AGUUAUAAUAAUUUGAAAAAUUAGCCUACAGAGAGAUGUCUGAACCCCAAGAGAAUCCAUACAGGAAGAAAAGAGGUGGCCGCAAGGGUAAAAGGAGGAAUAAGAACAAGAAUAAUGAGGAUUAUGAUACAAAGAAGAGAAAUAGGAAAUUCCAGAGAAAACAGCAGGUCACAAUGAUAUAGACACUAUGAACGAGUUCGAAGAUGAAGAUAAUGAACUGCAAGCUAUUAACAAAGCUCCAGUACAGUAUAAAGGACCUAAAGAAGGUAGAAAAUUCCUCAGUGAUGAUAAAAGAAAGAAGUUGUUUGGUCUUGAUCCACAUAAAGAUAUGAAGAAGAGAAAGAAUCCUCAUAAGAGGAGUAACGAUGAAUUUUCUAAAAAUAAUGAAAAGGGAGAAAAUCCUGUAUCAGCUUAUAUCUUAGCCAAACAAGCUAGAUACAGAAAGAAUUCUGACACAAGAGAUCACCAUAAAGACAUCAAAUCUUUCACUCCCAAAGAAGAUGAUUAUGAUUACCAAGAAUUAGCAAAGCUUGAGCCUAGACUAAAGCCAGUUUUAACUGAGCAAGGGGUUGAUGAGGCUAAGCAUAAGUAUACUCUGAAUUGGAAGGAAAAAGGACAAGCUUACUACCUUAACAAAGCCAUCCUACAAUUUGAUUAUGGGAUUACUCAUUAUGAUUUACCUGAAGAGGAAGGUUUAGUCCCAGCAGUUCCUUCAAGGAGAGAAUAUAUCUACUGGAUCCGAGAUCUAUUCGAGCAGCAAGAAUCUGUUGAUAAACCUCUUAAAGGACUUGAUAUUGGAGUAGGAGCAAACUGUAUUUACCCAAUUCUUGGCAAUAAGGAGUUUGGGUGGUCUUUUGUAGGCUCGGACAUAUCCAAAGAAAGCAUUGAUAUUGCUCAAGGAAUCAUUGACAACAACUCUCUCAACGAUCACAUAACACUUAAACUUCAAACUGGGAAAAGAUCUGAAGGUGAGACACAUGGUCCGAUAUUUGAAAUUUUUGAGAAUAUCCUGGAUAAAGAUUCUUCUGAAAAAGAGUUUGACUUUUCAAUGUGAAAUCCUCCCUUCUUCAGCUCUAUGAACGAAAGAAUUGAUCGAAGAAGUGUAAAGGUAAUUCCAACCAAGAAGGAAGAAGAGACUACUCCAGGAGGCGAAAUAGGAUUCUUGUGAAGAAUGGUGAAGGAAAGUGUGAAGUAUCGUCACAAAAUAACAUGGUUCACUACCUUCAUAGGCAGAAAGAUGGACUUUGUGUUCCUACAGAAGUACUUAGACACAAUGGUUCCUCAUGAUAUCAUCUACACUUCAGGGACCAUUGAGAAGGGAUUCACUAAGAGAUGGCUUCUUGCGUGGAAAUUCCAAGAUUAAACAUUACACAAUUCAGCGAAAUUUCAUUGAUUAUAGUAAUCUUUGGGCAU